CUUGUGUAGUGAACAAUGGCGACUCGCAGGAACGGACCCAGCAAUCCCAAGGACGAGGCGCCUGUGCCUACGGAUAAGACGCAAGACAAACAGGCCCGUCUUUUGGCUGAGCAGAAUCCGGGACACUUCUCGUUGGUGCGCGCGCUGCAUCUUGCAGACUUCAUCACCGAGCUAAAUGGCUUCUGCGGCGUAAUGUCCGUCUUCUCCUCGCUCCGCUACUGCAUCCAACCCAACCCCCACGAUUACACGAACCUCUACUGGGCCCUAGGUUUCAUCCCCUUGGGCCUCUUCUUCGACUUCAUGGACGGCAAAGUGGCGCGCUGGCGCAAGAAGGCCUCCUUGAUGGGUCAAGAACUCGAUUCACUUGCGGACCUCGUCUCCUUCGGCGUGUCCCCCGCAGCCGCCGCCUUCGCGCUAGGCAUCCGCACGCCGCUCGACCACCUCCUGCUUACCUUCUUCGUGCUGUGCGGUCUGACGAGGUUGGCGCGCUUUAACGUUACGGUUUCGAUGGUGCCCAAGGAUGCGAGCGGAAAGAGCAAAUACUUCGAGGGUACCCCGAUUCCGAUGUCGCUUGGAAUAGUUCAGGUCAUGGCAUUCUGGGUGUACAAGGGCUGGACGCUUGAGCAGAUACCGCUGGGUCUGUGGCUGGAGGGAACCGUGUUCGAGUUCCACCCUGUUGUGGCUAUGUUCAUUCUGCACGGGUGUUUGAUGGUCAGUAAGACUAUUCACAUUCCUAAGCCGUAAGCGGCGUCAGGGUGUGGAUCGAGAAGGAAUUUUGGUGGGCGGAGAGGGGCUUUGCUUGUAUGCAGCUGUACUGGACCUAUCAAUAGACAGGCUAUCUGCUG